GGAAGUGACGGUGGGGGGAAGUUCCGUCCCGUUUGAAAGCGCCCGGCGGAGCGGCCACGGCUUUUUCCCGCCGCUCGGGCCGACGUGGCCGCUUUCACCAUGGAGGCGCCGCCCGCAGGAACUGAGCCGAUGACUCUUGGCUCCCCGACAUCUCCAAAGCCGGGAGCUAGCGCUCAGUUUCUUCCUGGAUUCCUGAUGGGCGAUUUACCUGCGCCGGUGACUCCGCAGCCACGCGCUUUGAGCGGCCCUUCAGUUGGUGUAAUGGAAAUGAGGUCUCCGCUGCUUACAGGAGGAUCUCCCCCACAACCAGUAGUCCCUACACAUAAAGAUAAAAGCGGUGCCCCACCAGUUAGAAGCAUAUAUGAUGAAUUAUCUAGUCCUGGGCUUGGAUCAACACCUCUAACCUCAAGAAGACCAGCCAGCUUUUCUCUAACACAGAGCCCAUUGGUUGGAACUAUGUCAUCAACUCCUGGAACAGCUUCAAGUGUGUUCAGUUCUGCAAGUAUUGGGCAGCCUAGGAAGACUACUCUAUCUCCUGCUCAGCUAGAUCCUUUUUACACUCAGGGUGAUUCCCUGACUUCAGAAGAUCAGCUUGAUGACACAUGGGUAACUGUAUUUGGAUUUCCUCAAGCAUCAGCUUCCUAUAUUCUUCUACAGUUUGCUCAAUAUGGAAACAUACUAAAGCAUGUGAUGUCCAACACAGGAAACUGGAUGCAUAUUCGAUACCAGUCUAAGCUUCAAGCCCGGAAAGCCUUAAGCAAAGAUGGAAGAAUUUUUGGUGAAUCUAUCAUGAUUGGUGUCAAACCGUGUAUAGAUAAAAGUGUGAUGGAAACCUUUGAAAGAAGUUCUACAUCCCCAGUGUCUUCAGUCUUCACUCCACCUUCAAAAUCUGUCAGCACACCAGUACAACCUGCAAAUAAUACCACAAGGAUUUCUACAAUGAGACCUCUUGCAACAGCAUAUAAAGCUUCCACUAGUGACUAUCAGGUGGUUUCUGACAGACAAACUCCUAGGAAAGAUGAAAGUAUUGUAUCUAAAGCAAUGGAAUAUGUGUUCGGCUGGUAAUACACAAGAGGAAGUAAUACAAAGUUGGUCAGGGUUUGAAAUAUACAACUGGCAUCUGUGGUUAGUUGUAUAACUACUGGUGGCAGUAAUUUAACUUACAUCUCACCUGUUUUGCCUUCAGUUAUUUCAGCAGACAUGUAGCUUGCACUUUAAAUGAUGGCAAUGUACACACGGUUUGAAAAACUGAGUAAGUGUAAAUAAGUGCUUUUCCCCCAUUUGUGCUCUGAUUGCAUGAUUGUAGAAAAAAUAGCAGCACUGACUUUUCCUCUGUAAUUACUUUCUCUGAAUUACUUCCCAGUAAGUUGGAAAUGUUUAAAAUGGCAGCUUUAUUUACUAAUGCCUUUAAUUUUAUUGGGUGUUUUUUCCUGGAAAGGUGAUGGGCAACCUGCUGGAAGAACGCUAUACACAGCUGGCUCCCAGGGACAGGACUGCUUUUAGCAUAUGUGACUUUAAUUUUUUUUUAUUAAGAUUCAUUGCUGGUUUAUAAUCUCUGGCAUCAUGUUUUGAAUGUCAUAGCAACCUUAUAACUCUUUGUAUUAUUAAUAAAGCUAAAUCAAGUUAAGGUUUUCUUAGGUGGUUUUCUCAACAAGUAUGAGUUCUGUUAGGAAAAACUAUUUGCAGUAGUCCAAGUAUGAUGCUGCCUAAUGUUUAUUAAAGUGUUAUCAGCAGAGCAGGUGCUGCUGAUUUUUACUUUAGUACCAACUAGUGUUAAAACUAGCUAAUGUAGAAAUCUCUCCAUGGGUAUUUCAUAGCAACGUGCACUUAAGAGGUAACAAACUGUAGCAUUCUAACAUAAAAAUGUUGAGUAGAAAUAGCUGAAUAGAAAAAUGCAAUGUGGUAGUGGCCAGAGCUGCGUUCAUUUCAAGACUUUUCUAAGAAAUUGUCUUUAAGGUAUUGGCUGAAUGAUGAUUGUGUUUUUCAAAAAAAUUGAACUUCCAGCAUCCUGAAGCUUCCAUUUGGAGGUGAGCCUCUCCAGUAAUCAUAUGUGUUAUGUAAGCCCAUAGUCUUCAAUGAAGAUAAAGGUCUCUUUCAUCUGGGAAGAGAGCAAGUUUUCUUCAGUACUUGGGAAACUAUGUGCAACUACUACUUUUUGAGUUUGUGGCUGUGUUUAGUGUGGGUCAACAUCAGUAUUUUAGUUUGGCUCAGUAGUGUGCUGGUCAGGUGAAUGUUCAGACAUACCCAUUUCCAUGCUUUUGCUUCACGCUGCAGUGUGGUCUUGGAGUUCUUCAGCUGCUCCUCUCUGAUGAAAUUAGAAUGAAAAGAUAAGUCCAGGAUACUCGGAUGUCCCUCGGAUACUAAUGGGCACCCAGUUUACAGGAUUAAGCUAGAGAGGGUCCUGAGUAAAAUCCCCAAAGCACUUAGUGGGAAAUAAGGUUUCUACCUCAGGGCACGUUGGUGCUUCGUUGUAUGCUUUAGCAGUAACCUAUGUACAAGUGGAUUGGGAGAUAUUUGAGAUGCAUUUUACUGUAUUUGCUGGCUGAUGCUUUUGGAUUAUUGGUUGCUGCUCUUCCAUUUGCAUUUGAUCACAGGGAGCUGCUUAAACCUAAUUAAUAUCUGAAUGUGUUUUCUCAGAAAACAUCUGGCUUUUUCUUGGUGAAAAAUGUUUGUUACGGAGAUGGCUUCAGAAAGAAAAUGGGUAGUUCAGCUAAAUUCUUGUUUUGGUCGUUGCUUUGCGAAGCACACUUCUGGUGCACUUCAGACUUGUAAUGAUGUGUAUUGGAUUUAGCUUAGUGAAGUGAUGAAUAAGAUUUAACUUGUAUCAAGUAAGUUUGAAGCUAAAUACAUAAGGAAGGAGUUGGAGGCAAAGUCAGUAGUUUAGGACCUGUUUUAUCGGUAAGUACCAGAUGUAAAACUGUGCUGAGUUGUGGGUUUGGUGUUUUUGUUUGGGGGGGUUAUUUGUGUGUGAAAGGGCGGAGGAUAUUGAGAAGUACAUGUGUGAAGAAUCUCUGAAACACUUGGAAGGUAUUAUAGUAAACCUUUUCAAGGCUAGAUACUGUUGUUAGGUAGCAUUGUAUUUAAAAAUCCAAUUUUUCCUGUUUGUUAACUAUGUACCUGCUGCUUUCCAACAAGGAAGGAUUCUCUUCUAGCUGUAGCUAGAUGUGAUUUACAUUAAAACCAAAGUUACAGACUUCAGCUAGUGAUGUGUACCAUACUUACGAAACUGUUUUGGUUUCAGUUGUAUGGGGUUUGUUGUAAGACUCUGGAAUAUAUUUUCCAUAGGAUUACGACUUUAGUUUAAAAUAAAACUAAUGAAUAAUUUUUUUCUGUUAUCUGCCUCCAUCAUAAGUAUAUUACUCAGGGAUCUAAUUUGCUUCUUUUAAUACAUUGAUCUGCACGGUUUUAAAUUCUAGAAGGAUUUGUUCUAUUGUCUCAGUGGUAAUUUCAUUACAGUUUUAACAGGUAUUUUUUUGGUAGAGAAUUUUAUAACUUGGAGAUAGCAUUUAUUUUUAUUGUACUUUUCCCCCUCCCACCUCUCCUCAAUUUUAUUUUUCUAGAACUUUCAAAAUGACUGGUAUUUGUUUGGGUAAUCCAUGUACAGUAACUUACAAUGAAGAUCAAAUGUUAUGAGUACUUUAGGUCUGCCUCUCAUCUCAAGUUGCAGGCAUCUACCUCCCCCCUGUGGCAGAUCUUCAGAACUCUAAUGAGAGGUUUUAACUGAAUAGAAUAUGGUAUCUUAAUUAAACUAUUUAGGAAGUGCAUAAACAGUACUGUGAGAUAAUAGCAGUGCUCAAAUGUCUCAUAGUUGAAGUGUUUCUGUAAUAAAAGAAGAAAGGACAGAGUUUACUAAAUAUCUUAAUUAGGGAGUAAGUCAGACUUCUAAAUACUGCUUCAAUGAAAUAGUUCUUAAACUUUAUUUAAAAUCUUACCAGUGUUCACUAAUUUUAAUUGAGAUGGACAAAUUGUCCAAAUUUUUUUAGCAGAAUAUACUGCAAUAUUCAUUCUGUAUGAACAUAAUUUUCGUCUUUCUAGUAGUCUGAGUGCAUGUGUAAAAAUGAGUCUCAUGGGUUUUCUUUAAUUUGACUGUAGGUGACUAGACCACAGAUGAGUCUGCAAAAAGGUACUGCUUAAGUAUGUUUAGAAAUAGUAAGCUGUUCAGUUAAGUGAUGAAAACAAAAUAAACUGCCUUACAAACAACUUGUAACCAGGAGUUGCUUUACUGAAUUUCAGACUGCAGGUGAGAAGGCUCUAGAAUAAAAAUUCUAAAUCUCUAGUAAAAACAUCAGUCCUUGGGCAAUUUCAUGGCUUUGUAGUAAUGCCUUUUUUAAUUGUUUGGGCAAGAGUAAAAGGUGUUCUUUUGAUGCGGUCUCUCUAAGCAUCGAAGUGCAGACAGUACUGACUUUCACACUUCUGUUAGUGUUUCUAAAUUAAAAUUCAGCUGGUGUAGUUACCUUUAAAAAUGAAUUCAUAAUUAAUAACUUUGUAAAUUUUUUUUGCCUUCUAUUAAGGAAUCUUUUGACUCAAGUUUAAGUUUUUGUGUAAUACAUCAAUUGUGUUUCUAGCAACAAAUUUAUCUUUUCAACUUUCUGCAAGUAAAACUCAUGUUGAAAUCAAGAGCAUGUCGGAGAAGCUGUGAAUUCUUAUGUCCUAUAUAAUGUCAUUAUCUUGAUUCUUCUUUUAAGUUACUCAGUUUUGUAAGUGAAACUUCCAGCUUAAAUAAAGAGGUUAUUGUUGAUGUAAGCAGAUGCAGUUAAAGCAAUCUAAAAAUUCUGGUCUCUAGAUGAAGUGGUGUUCUUUGUUCAUUAUGGUCCUCUUGUGUUUGAAGUUGGAGACUGAUUAGAAACAGCAUGAAAGUAAGGAAUUGCUCUGAACAGUCAUUGUUUUAUUUUGCUCAAUUGUUUAUCACAUCAGAUUUUGGUACAGUUUACUGCAGGAAUCAGUUUGAACAUAUCUGUCAUUGUAGGGAAGAAAUGAAUUUUCCACAUUAAAAAUAGAGAACUCUUCAAUGAUACUGUUUUCCCCUUUCUGUUGUGUAUGUCAGCCACCUAAUUAGCUUCUUGUUUAGCUGCCCUUGGAGCCCUGUGUGUUCUGUGAGAAUUUGUCCAUUGUUGCAAAAUCAAGUUCCAAAAAAUGCUUUCUUUUUCGAGGAUCUUUCCAAUCUCCUGGUAUUAAGGAGGUAGCCUUGAAUAUGUGAAGCAAGGAUAACAUGACAAAUGGAUGUGCUUGGAGAUCUUGGAAAUGAUAGCUUGGUCACGUGGAUUAUCCAGUUAUUAAUAGACUGUUCUGAAACCUGAAGAUAGUUCAGAAUUGUUUAUGAGAUAAAGUGGUGCAGCUGAAUAUUUAAGUUGGAACCCAGACUGGGCAAGUUUUUUUAAGUGCAAGUAUGCGAACUGGUGGUAGUUCUCUUGCCAAAACUCCCGUUUCCUCCUGGCAACUAAACAUGUAUCGGGCUUGAAAGAAUCAUGGCUGCAACACUGGCUGUCAUGACAUAAAGCACUGUAAAAUGAAUUUAUUAAGCUGUUUAGAUCUUGUAAUGUAUUAAUAAUGUAUGUUAUUAAUCCAAGCAGUAUCAGUUUCCAGUCUCCUGCUCAAAAAUGCACAGCAGUCAGGCUGCAACAGACCUCAGACCUUGCUUCCAUAAAGUCAUAAAAUGGUAACAAAAUUUACUCUUUAUUUCAGUUCUUUGCUGCAAAGUAACCAGCUUCUCUUGCACAACAUGCUUUCUGGGCUGGCAAGUACUUUGACUUGCUGGGCUUUCCCACCGAGUGCUCUUAGCUCUCCUUUCAAAGUUAGGAAAUUUGAUUUGUUUACUGUGUAGGAUUGCAUGGGUGGGUAAGAUCAUGCUGCUGACUUUAGUGGAAUUGGUGGAAGGUCUGCAGUAUUUUCCAAGCAUGCAAUAUGAUAGCAUGUAGUAUCACAUUUCAAUAGAUGAAAUACAUUUACAAUUGUCUAUCAUAGGAUACUAUAAUGGGCUAUUGAUUUUUAGGUGCCACAGUUUCUUUGUAAUUGAACUGUGCUCGUGAAUGUAUGAAAAUCUUCAUUUGCAGACUGAAGGUCAUAAAGUAAAAAUUGCACAGAGGUCAACCUUAAAUACAAGCUAGAGAACAGUCUAAUAUUAAUUACAUUAUUUUUCCAGAUGACUGCAUUAACAAUGGAGCUUGCAUGUAUAUUGAAUGCUAUGAGUUUUGUUCUUGCUAAUGGUAGCUUGUAAAAAAAAGACAUUAAUUGUUAUUCCUAUGCACGCACUUAGACUUGCCAGCUUUCCAGUUUCUAGCAAAUGUGGUGGCUCUUUAGAAUAAGAGGUAUCAAACAGCUUUCCUCCAGGUACAUUGUAGGAAUGGGGUAGGAUGAAUGUAUUUCUUCACUUAAAGGCUUAAAACAUCUUUCUAAAAAUCAAUGUUGUGCAGACAAUUGCAUAAUUAAGAAUCUAAAACAUACUUUUAAUUAUUAAAGACACAUCUAGCCUAACAGAUAAUACAAUGAAUAACUGCAGUAUUAGUAUUUUAAUGGAGUAGAUGGUGGCAGUGACUGUCUUUUCAGCUUUUGACCAUCUAGUCCUUGUUGAGCAUCUUACUAAUUGAGUUUUAAAAUGUUUUUUUAUCGCUGGAAAAGGUCCUGAAAGACACAGAAUCAUGGAUUAUCUAGAGUUUGAAGGGACCCAUAGGACAAUAGAGUCUUAAUUCCUGAUACUACAACUAUGGCACUAGUACAUGAUAUAACUUGCUGCUAACAGUGGCAGCAGCUGGCAUUCUGUGCCCCAGGAGGUGAAAACAAGUUUAUUUGGAUGAAUUAAAGCUGUAAUAGCAUAUCAAAGUGUGGUGCAGGAACAGCUACAUAGCUGCUUCACUUCUAGAAGACCUUUGUGGCAUCUGACUCUGGAUGGGUAUAUAAUGAACCCUGAGAAAUGGUAUGUGUGUAUACCAGAUAUUCAGUGUAUUAUUGAUGGAAUAUAUAAUGUGACAAAGACCAGGUCAAGUGUAAUUAUUUAUUCAAAAACUAAUGAAAUCUGUAAGGCAUGAAGAGUAGUCUGAAAAAGCGAUUGGGAAAGUUUUCUGCUGUACAAAUACUUUAUCACCAAACUACUGUAAAAUACAACAUGUAUUAGAAGCUUAUGUUCUGAUAUCUUUGCCACUUCAGAUGCAUUUGGAAAGUUUAAGACACUGAACUUUGACACACAACUAUAACAAUGGUGCACUGACCUCUGAACCUUAACACUUGCAUGAAGAGGUUAUGUAGAUAUGUCAUUUGCUUUCAGAUCUAUCACAGCAUGAAGAGGGUAAGAAAAGGUAGUAGCAUUUUCUCAGUAUUCUUCCUCUGCCCCUUUUUUGUGCAAUUAAAGUAGCACGAUAGAAAUUGUCACCUCUGUUUCUGAAAAAACUACCACCUCCCCACUGUGUUAAGUGGGUAUUGCAUGAAAUGUGGCUGACUUAGUGAUGCUGUAAAUGCUUGUAGUGAAAGAAGUGCACAGUAUUUUCUCUACCUAACAUGUUUUUGAUUGGCAUUCUGUGUAAGGUCUUUAUUUUCUGGGUGAAGGAUUAUGUUUUAACAACUGUAAGUGAUUUUGUUGGUAUCAUUUUCUGACCAUCGGGAAUUGCUGAGACUUGAGUUCCUGCAGGAUGCACUGGGAGUCACUGCACAUGUAGCUUGUGUGAACUUUGAGCUGGAAAAAAAUUACAUGUAAGGCAUUUGAUUCCACCAUGUCUAUGUUGGGUUCUGUUAGAUUUUUGUCUCCUCCCUCAAAAAUUGUGGGGUGAAUUGGGAGAGGUUGGUUCCACUGAAAGAUGUGCCAUCUUUGUUGUAGAACGGAAAGACAUGAGAUCAUGCUAGGUGGUGUUCAGACAUAAAGCCGCUAUAUUGCUCAUAAAGAGAAAGGUACACCGAAGCUCUACAAGGAAUUGCUGCACCAGUAUUUUAACCUACUGAAAUUUGAGCUACAGUGUAAAUAACACCUGGCAGUCACCUUGUUAGCCUCAGGUUGAGUAUUGUUACUGAACAUAAGGUAAUGGGGUUUUCCUCUAAUUAGAUUUAUAUAUAUAUAUGUGCUCUGUAUCGGGGUAAACUUGUGCAAUAAUUUGCAGAUGUAAUUUAAAUGCAUUAUUUUUUUAUAACACAUGAAAGCCAGAAAAAACCUUGAAGAUGCAGUGUGACAGCAAGAAGGAAUUCUUGAAGAUACAUUACUGAAAACCGAGGACUACUACCACAAAAGUUAGUCAAUAGGACUGGAAAACUGUUAUUUUUUUAAAAAAUACAAACCCAAACCCCAAAACUUAUUUAUUGCAAGUAAUGUAUACAGACUUUGAUUUUUGGGUAGGUCUGAUAGCUGACCAGAUGAUUUACUGUUAACUGCAUUUGAAAUGCCAGUUACAGAGUAUAUUGUAAUUGUUCUCUGAAGCCACUAAGGUCCAAAAAAAUCAUUUUACUUCAA